CCAUGACAGCUCCCACAACCGGAUGUGCCCCCCCGUUUACUCGCGUGUUCGGCAGGCUAUAUAAAGGUACGAGCGUAAACCGGCCUGUUGGAGCUGAAUUGAACGGCUGAAGACGGGUCGGCGUUUCACAGACUGUCACCCCUCAGAAGACACCAAGUGUGGACUUCAACAUGGUGCAACUCUCUCCUUCUUCUCUCACACUGGACACUAACACUCCACUGAAGUCCCCUGAAAACCCGGUGAUGCCUGGCAGCCCCAAGAUGUGCUCUCCCUGCCCGCCUGACUCCCCACAGUUCAACCUGGAGGUCUCCACUGCCUACCUUGGCUAUGAAACCUACAUAGAAGAUGGCCUCAUCUGCCUCAAACACAAAGUCCGCAACCUCAGGAAGAAAAAGCUGAAGCUGGAAGACUACAAGAGGAGGCUGGACCAGGGUGAACAAUUAAACAAGGAUCAGUUGGAGGCUGUGGAAUCAUACAAUGAGGUGCUGCAUAACCUGGAAUUUGCUAGAGAGCUACACAAAACCCUGGAUGGCCUGACUCAGAAUUUGCUUAGAGCCCAGAAGAAAGUGGCGAAGACAGAGCAGAUAGCAAAGGUUGAUGUGGAGAGGCAGCGUCUGAGCACGGUGCUCCAGGUGCAGCACCUGCUCCACUGCCUGCAGCAGGACCACGUCAGGAAAGACCUGCUGGCCGGACACAACCAGGCACCUCUCGUCACUGCCCAGCUACUGCAGAGCCUGAGUCAGCUCGCCACACUGCUGGGAGUUGAGAGGGACGACAGACUAAGUCUAACCACACAGAUGGAGCAGGCAGCCCUAGCCUACAUGGACCUGCUGGAGGGGAGAGACAAGCCAGUUGCUGGAGCCACAUUUAAAUUGUUGAAAGAGGAGCUCACCCGGCUGUUAAAUUGCAAGUACUUCAGUUGUCUUCCAUGCCCCCCUAACAACCCGAAGUGGCUGAAGACCUCAACUAUCUGCAGUGUUACCCUGAAGUCGAAACCCAGCGAAGACUCUCAGGAGUCUUUCAACAGACCGUACCUGAGUGACACAGGAACUCCUUCCAAUAAGAACUGGAAGCAAGACUUUCAGGCUGCAAUGGAGCAGGAGCCUCCCGAUUCGUGGGAUAUGGAGUCCCCAAAUGGCUCCUCUUUACAUCAAACAGUAGUAUGUAAACCGUGGAGAGGGGCUGCCGUUUUAAUCCCCAAAGUCUCAAUCGCCAGCAAGAAACGGUCAGACUUCAACCAGAGGAAAGAGAGGAAGACUAAAGGAGAGAAUUCUGCAGAUCAGAUGGUUGUGCCCGGUGACGUAUUCAACUGUGCGUCUGACUUGCCCAAAGACCCCCUCCUGAGGAAGCAGCACCUGGAAGAGCUCAUGACAAAAAUCCAUGGCUGCUUCAGUUUUGUGCAGGACUCCCUUCUGGACAAUGAUGGCUCCCCCACUAAUGGCCACUCUAUAAUGCUGAGACAACCGUCUGGAUCUCCAUCUCAUUUGGAUCAGACAGAUUUGAGAAACCCAGCUGAGGUCCUGACAGACAUAAUGCAUUCUACACCACUGCCUAAAAGGCUUUUGGAGCGCAAAGUCAGUGUGACGAGUGGGGAUCACUGCUUAGAUUUGUGUGACCUGGAACUUUCCCCAAAGGACCUACCUUGUGAGUCUAACAAGUCUGAAAGUAAGGUGAUUUCCUCACCACAGCAGUACUGCAGGGACUCUGCCAUGUCUACACCCGUAACAGAGUCAAGGAAGCAGUCUCCAUGUAACAGGGUAGCACCUUGCACUUCCACGCCCCCUCAGGGUCAGAUUUUUUCCACACCUCCCACAAGGAGAUCACUGACCUCACCAUUUCAGAACAUCAAAUCAGUCUUCAAGGUGGCUUCCUCAUUACCCCAGAAUGGGACACUAAUCUACAAAACGGAAUCCCCUGUUUUCUCUGAGGCAAGGUAUAGCACUGCCAGUACCCAAACUCCACCUGAAUUUGCGCCCUUAGAAGAUGAACAUUCAGUGUACCCGUCGGAUUGUGCGAUGGGUAAUGGUGGACAGAUCUUCCAGUCCCCCAACCCGUCUGGAGUUGCGGUUAAGCAUGGUCAGCCAUACUACAGCAGAGCAUCUGUGAGAGGUAUGGCCCGUGGCAGCAAGGGACUAGCACAAACCUUUCGCUCUUCUGGUUGGCAUCGAGGAGGGUCCUACAUUCCCCACACUCAUCUGAGGGACUCUGGUCAGCUCCCCUAUGCUUCUAGAGACUCUGGAUACCGACAUGCCUACAGGCGUGGAGGGAGGCAUAACUCCAGUGCGGCCUGGAGUGACUCUUCCCUGGUGAGCAGUCCAGAUCGGGAAGGAGCCUUCACAAUUUUCGACUCAGGCCAUGGGGAUUCACUGUCUGUCUCUACUGUGGAGGUGCCGCUUACCCCUCACGGCCACCACCACACCACUCUGCUUCCCAUGCAGCUCUACCCACUUUCCCAGCCACUGCGAGUGGCUUUCACUGCCUCUCGAACUGCCAACUUUGCCCCAGGAAACCUGGAUCAGCCCAUUGUGUUUGACCAGCUCCAUAGCAACCUGGGAGAGAUGUACGACACCCACAUUGGCCGCUUUACCUGCCCUGUCAAUGGGACCUACGUCUUCAUCUUCCAUAUUCUGAAGCUUGCCAUUAACGUGCCGCUCUACAUCAACCUUAUGCGCAAUGAGGAUGUAAUGGUGUCUGCAUAUGCCAAUGAUGGAGCCCCAGAUCAUGAAACAGCCAGCAACCAUGCCAUCCUCCCUCUCUUUCAAGGAGACCAGGUUUGGCUCCGUUUGCAUCGUGGCGCCAUUUAUGGUAGCACCUGGAAAUACAGCACCUUCUCUGGCUUCCUACUGUAUCAGGACUGAGCUGAUGUGAGCUAAACAGUCCACUUUACCUGUAGUUUGCACUGUUUAAUUGCCACCAGUGCUAAAUUAGAUAACUGAGUGUUUUGUUCAGACUGCAUGCCAGUUGAGAACGCUUAUACAGUCACAUUGGUGGUCAAAAGAUUUAUUUAUUAACAUCCAUAAACUUGAAAUUCGGGAAUAAGAUUGUUUAAAAUCUACUACAUAAGAUUCAUUGUGUUGAUGUGAUGAGUAAAACUGCUUAUUCCUACUUGCUGUGCAGCAAUUUCAGUAUUUUGAGCCUUUUUUGUUUUCUGAAUUGCUUUGGAUGACUAAGCGCACAUUAAGCUAACGACUGAAAUGAUUUGCUGGAUAAAAUACAUGUUUAAAACACUGGACACUGCUUUACCAGUAUACUGGACUCUAUCUUGCAGCUAAUGAGAAGGAUGGAAAUUGUGUUCUGGGUGGUGGGCAUUGUGAAACACUUGAGGGCACAUUUGUUGCACGGACGACUGAGAUGAAGGGGUUUCCUUGAUGUACCUAAUAUUGAAUAAAAUAUGAGCAGAGAAGUUUGGCAGCUUUUUUUUUUUGUCACAAACCUCACGUUUGUCUUAUUACAGCAGUCGGUGACCUGUUUUAGAAAUGCACAUGGUGACAUUUGUACUAAUGGCUGCAAUCUAAAAAUGUAACUUAAAUUUAAUUCAAUUGGAAAGUUCAGGUUCUCUUAAUGUUGUAAUUUGCAUCAAAGAUUUAAGAGUUACCUAUAUUAGUAAUAGCAUGCUGUUUGUCUGUUAAUCUUGGCAUACU